GGUAAUUUCUUAUGGCUGAUCUUCUGUCGAGAUUAUCCGUGAGGGAAGCAUCAUGAAGACCCGAAUGUGUUUUCUUUGUUGUUCAACGUUUCAUUGUCUAGUGUUCUUCAAUGUUUUUGUUACGGCAGUGAACCCUGUUACGUUUAUCAACGAAGAUUUCAGAGAGAAAUUAAAAUUGUUCGUAGAAAAUGUGCCAGUGAAUCAGAAAAUUCGAGGAUCUAGUUUAGAGUUACAGUCAGAUGAACUUGAUUGGAUCGUUCCUGCUACGAGCUCGAAGGUCCCAAGGUUUAUUGAUACGUCGAAGGAUAUCUUUGAAGGAACUAUACUUCACUCGACGAAUAAGUGUACUAGGUAUUGCAUUGGAAAUGGAACCAACCUGAACGAAAAUAAUGUCCAAUAUAUUAAUAUCUUCUGGUCAAAUAAUGGCAUUGAGGCGUGGGAUAAUUCCGUUUCAAAAGAUCAUUUGGAAUUGAUCACUCCAGAAGUGGAAUGGACGGACGAACAUAUUUUAAACAACAUUCCCAGAAAAUGUCAGGUUUACCUUGACCUAGAUUGUAAUACUGCCGAAGCAGGAACUGGUGCAAUCUCGAUAAAACAGGAAUUCCUCUCAAACGUACCAAACAGUGAAAGGAACGAGGACAGCCCUAACAAGUCUAAUAAACCCACUUUUCAGACACCCGUGAACAUAGCAGAAAGGUGUAAUUUGAGCAAUCACACAGAAACGAAAUUUUUUGUCGAUAAUGCAGUUGAUCGAAUUGUCAUAAACGUCGAGGGAAACGUUUCAAACGCAAUUCUCCGUAUUCCUAUGAGCGUGACAGUGCCAUGGCCAGAAACGGUGGUUUCAUGGACACGGAGGGGUGAAACGGAUGGGGUGAGAAUCGACACGAUCAAUGCGCCAUCUGGCGAGUGGCGCAUACAGCUCACAGGGGUGGACAAUUCGAAUUACCACUUUAUUGCAGAGGGUUUUGCUCGGUCAAAAGAUGUUAUCGGUGAAGAACUAUUGCACUCGGAACGACAGCCGAACGGUACUUUUAACAUACCACCAUUUACGAGACAACGUCUGAAUAUUAAAAGGGAUGACUCUAUAAAAUUAGAAAAAGACAAAAGUUUGAAUGAUUCGACAAAGAUGCUCUAUUCAGAAGUAAUAAGAUUAGAAGAACAAAGUUCGAACGUAAGAGUCGAUUCUAAAUUGGUCAAUGAUGAAAAGGUAACCCGCGAACGAUCUUUGAAACAUACGUUGCUUACACAAGAGGAUACCGAUGAAAUAUCACUGGAAAAUUUUAAUGACAAUGAUUCUCCACAAUCUUCUAAUAUUAGAAGCAUGCACAUUAACUACAUCGAGCAUGUUACUUUUCCAGAUAACGAUCAAAAUGUAUCUGAUUCUAUGAAUAAUCUUAGCGAGUCUUUCGAUGAAAAAAUUUCAGCAGAGAAGCAGCAAGAGAUUCGUACAAGAUCCUCUAUUGCAUUGAACGAAAACGUUGACACUGAUAUCAGGAUGGCAGCAGUGCACAAUGCUAGCAUGCCUAUGAAAAUGGCAGAAACUUUAGACAACGGAGAAUUAUUCAAAGAAUCGGUGACUUACGGAAACGGAAAUACCAUUGAAGAAAAAAAGAUGCUCAUAGACGUUAACAGAAAUUCUAAUUUAAUUGCUGUACCGGGAACAAUACACAGAAUUGUUUUUGACGUCAUGAACAAUUGCGUUUUACCUGUCAGAUACGGAUUCAGAGUUAGAAGUACACCUUUCAGAGUGUAUAACCUGCAACCUGCAUAUGCAUGGAUAUAUCCUGGACAAAUGAGUAGCAUUGCUGUUGAUAUAGUUAUACCUGAUAACACUUCACCCGAUACAGCUAAUACAGUUACCUUAUUUAUCCAAGGUACUGAAAUAAAGGAAAAGUCAGCAUAUAUAUAUGUACAAGGUUCGCUCUCAAAGUUAACUGAUGAUGUAAAACCAAAAAUUGAGUACUCUUUCAAUAAUAACUGUGCUGGAAAAUUAGAUAAAAAUCAUUGUUAUAAAUCUCGCUGGAGCGUGGACAUUUCAAUUCAGGAUUAUGAUUCAGGUUUGAAACGUGUAAUUUCAUCAUCAAAUGAUGUUUAUCCUCGCACAGAAUUCAUUAGUGGUACAAGAAGCCUCGUAACAUUUUUUUAUUCUGCUACAUGUUGCGACACAACAACUAAAAUUACAGCGAUAGAUUUAUUGGAUAAUUAUAACACUAUUACAAUAGAUGUUACAGAAUGGAAUAAUUUGUCUGAAGCACAAAUAGCAGCAAUUGCAGUGGGAGCAUUGCUUGCUUUAUUACUAAUUAUUUUUAUUAUCAUAUUAAUAAUAUAUUGUAUCCGCAGAAGAAAAAGCCUCGAUUUACCUUACACACAAAGAUAUGGAUCUAGACCACCAGUAAAUACAGAGGGAACUACUUUCUAACUUAUUACUUAUACCGUUUAGGCAUACAAAAAUAAAUGUGAGUUACAUGCAUAUUCAUUAUAAUGGAAAUUGAUGUACAUUUUAUUUGUAGUAAGUAUAGCAAGGAAUGUAAAUAUUAAACCUCACUAAUAAAUUUUUUAACAUAAUUAGUGUGAUGUUUAUUUGUUGUAAUAUUAUUG